GAUUUUCAAGGUUUCCAGGCUGCCCGAGGGCUAUCCAGACGGCUUCACCUUCCCGCAGGAUUGCACGCCGAACACGGCCGACUACUACCAGCGGGGAUGGUGCCACUGCGAGUCGUCCGUCGCGGGGCUCACGAAGGCUUCGAUGUUUGUUUUGGAUAUCGGCAAGAUCACCGCUGCUCCAGAGAACGAAUCCAUCGAGGUGCUAGAUCAGGACAAGCUUGCUGCUGCUACUACUGGCGGGCUCCCAAGUAAGCCACAAGCUUUGACAAGCUGGAAGCAAGCUGCACAGGCUGACAGGGCUGGGCCGAUGCUUCCAGAAGACUUCGCGGCGUCGCUGGAGCACAAGUCCUUCACCAGCAAGAAGGCCGAUUGCUCCAGGGUCGCGGCCAUCUACAGGGCAGCCUUCGUCGCCCGCUUCGCCGAGGCCGCGGAGCUGCACUACAACACCCUCCAGUGGGACGUCGCCGACCGCCCUGGCGGCCGCGCUGCCGGCCGGGGCGGCGCAGCUGGAGGUGCUGAACGUGAACCAGAACGACAUCGGGGACGCGGGCGCCAGCGCCCUGGCGGAGGCGCUGUCCUCUGGGGCGGCGCCGCUGCUGAGGGAGCUGAUCAUGAAUCAUAACGGCAUCGAGGACGCGGGUGCGAGCGCCGUGGCGGAGGCGCUCUCGUCCGGGGCGGCGCCGCAGCUGAAGCAGCUGCAGAUGAGGGAUAACAGGAUCGGGGACGCGGGUGCGAUUGCUUUGGCGGAGGCGCUGUCGUCCAGAGUGGCGCCGCAGGUGAUGACGCUGAGAAUUCAGCGCAACACGUUCGGCGAAGCCGGCCGCGAGGCGCUCGCCGCGCUGGGGCGGAUUAAUCUCGAACUGUGAGCACGCAGUCCUCGAAGAAGGGUGCUGCAGCCCAACGGACUGUUCUGGUGCCGCCUUGCGCCAACUUGGGCGAAAUGAGACAUAUGGAGAGAAGACAAGCAUCACUUCUACAUUCAAGAGAAA